UAAAAUUGCCGCAAAGAGAGUGAAGUUGCCUCACCUGUCAUGACUGUCAGACCUGUUCUUACCGCGUUGGAUAGCCUUGUGGAGCUGUCAGCUAGAAUUUUAUACUAAAUAACGGUUGUCACAUACAUUAUUUAGUUUGAAAGUACUGCAUUGCCAGAGUUUAGUGAACGUGGCGACAUAAAGAAUAAAAGUUUAACGUUGAGAGUUGAUUCUUAUUGUUUGAGUGACGGAAUUUGAAAUCCUCGUUGAAAACCUCGUGUUUGUAUUCGCCAUAAGGCGGACUAGUACACGAUUGACGUGCUGUGUCUGGAUGUGUGUGACUUUAUGGACUUGUGUUUGUAUAGAAAUCGAAAUAACAACACAGAAAUUAAAUAGAAUUUCAAGUUUCCAAAGAUCUUGACGACACUUAAUCACCCUCAUUACAUCGUGAAGUUGCAGCGUCGGCUCAUGAUGAAGUUCAAACGUCCAAGGGAAAGAUUUGGAUCGUCCAGCAGCACAGAUGACCAGGACUCGGGUUCAGAAGUCGAACAUGAGGUCGGUCUGGCGGGAGGACGGCCAUUUAAACCCGGAGGUCACAGCCACUCAGGAGGGAGUCAUGCUGUGAGGAAGCGCCGUGGAAACCUUCCAAAACACUCUGUGAAGAUUCUGAAACGUUGGCUAUAUGAGCAUCGCUACAAUGCUUACCCUAGUGAUGCCGAAAAAGUGACACUUUCCCAGGAGGCAAAUCUUACAGUGCUGCAGGUCUGUAAUUGGUUUAUCAACGCACGGAGACGCAUCUUGCCAGAGAUGAUUCGACGAGAAGGGCAUGAUCCCCAACAUUACACAAUCUCACGACGGGGUAAGAAGCUUACGGGGAGCCAGCCAUCAGGGGGGGCAGGCAGCCCACGGUCCCGUGGGGCCAGUCACUGGGAUACCAGCAGUUCCAAGAGGAGCAAUGUGGUGCAGGAUCACGAUUAUGAUGACAACGUGGGAUUCAUAUACCGCAGCGAGGAAGACAGCCCCAAUGAAUAUGAGAGCAGUUCUCCAAGUGAAGAAGAGGCACGACAACCAGCGGCAACACCCUGGCACAGUGUCAUUGUUUGUCGUUAUGAUUGCCCCAAAGACUGUGUUGGCCAUCCCAUCAAGAGAGAAGAGGAAGCCCCCCCAUCAGCAGAGACUGCAGCAAUGCAUCCUGGGGCAGACUUCUGGAAUGCAUCACCCUGCAGUGAAUGUCCUGCUCCUUCAAAUCAGGGAGAGCGGAGUGGCGGUUUCUCUCACUCCCAAGAGACGCCACCGCCAACACCACCUGAAGAUGAUGACAAAGAUAAAUUCAAGUGCCUGUAUUUGUUGAUGGAGGCUGCAGUAGCUGUGCAGCAGCAGGAGAGGGAGCGUGAGCUGGCGCUCCACGUAUAACGCCAGCUCACUCAGUGUGUAGUCGCAGCAUAUCUUUUAAUUUUGUAUUGAGAGGUUUUUAUGGCAUUCCUUCUGUCACGAGACUUUGAAUAUAGAUGUGAGGGAUGAACUGCCAAGUAACCUAUACGCUUGUAAGUGCCCAACAAGGCACGAAUACGAUGAUGAUGCCAAGAGCACGAAUGCAGUGAAGGACCUGUUUGCUCAAAAUGUUACACAUCAGAGGUUUUACUGUAAGGAAGACUGUGUGAGUGCAAAGAUGAAUGAUGAAUGUGUGUUACAGUAAUUCUGGUGCUGAUCACUGCUCAAAGACCACAGACUUGUCAGGAAGGGCAAAGUUGUGAAAGUUCCCUCUGCCCUUCAUUUUGGUUUUAUUAAUGUAAUCUUUUUGUUGAACCUUACAGUGUUAAGGGCUCGAUUGUGACUUACUUUUGAAGUUAGAUUAAUUUUAUGUAACGUACAAAAUCUUGUUCAUAUCUGAAGUUUCAUGUAGUUUUAUUAGGCUGGAUAGGCUAAACUUAAAAUUUCACUGCCAGAAACGAUUGAUGUUGCCUAUCUGGUCUCACAGCCACCUCAAUAUUGCAGCUUGUGACUAAAAAUUGUGUAAGCAGAGUAGACCUGGAGAACAGAUUAAUCAGAGCAAAUCUUUUAUAUAAAUACAUAUUUUGUGGUAACUUAGGAGAAGUAAAUUCGUACUUAAAGGUCAGGAGUACUGUUCUCAGUUCUACUCUGCUUAUCAUAGCAUUUUACCUUUUACUUAUUUGCGAAAGAUGAGCUAGGUUGUUAAACCGUGUGCCGGCAUUACACAAGUCUUGAGUCUCAGGAUUAUUUUUACAUAAAGUUACAAGGUGGCAUCAUAGUCUAUCUAGAAUUGUUGUUAUAAUGAAAGAACCACAGAAGAAAACUAGAAAAAGAAACUCCUGAACCUUAUGUACAAUGUCCCAACUCCUACUGACGUGAAGCAUUUCAGAGUGCAGUAGCUGAAAUGUUUGUGAUAUUCUCUGUACUUGGAAAUGGGGGUAUUGUGGACAGAAGUAGACAGAAGACAGUUUAAGUUGUGUUUGUUGUUGAGGUGAGGAGUUUUUAUCUUUCAUGUGUUUCAAUUUUUUAUUCUUAAAACAUUGGUAUCCUAAACAAAACAUCGAGACACAAGAUUGUGCUGAUGUUUGUGGGAGAUCAGUCUCUGUAGUGAAGAUUAUGUAACAAUGCAGUAAGGAUACAUAGCAGAACAGGAAAUGUAGAAUAUUAAAAGCAUGUUGUGAAUUUGAA